AUGAAGAUGGGAUUUAAGGGAUUCGUUUCCAUAGUUGUCUUGUUCAUAUUUGCACCCAUUGCACUAGCAAAAAAUUCGAGUGCUGCAUCAAUUGUCCCAGGAUAUGAUAAUAUUGCACCAAUUGAAAUACACAACAACUUCUUCUACUUUAAAGGCACGAAAACAAGAUUUUUCAUAAAAGGUAUUGCUUAUCAACAGGUUAGGGUGCCUGGGGUUAACUAUGUAGAGAAGUAUAUUGAUCCAAUGGCAAAUGCUACUUCUUGCUUGAGAGAUUUAGAAUACAUGCUUGAAUUGGGCGUCAACUUAGUUAGAGUAUAUCAGAUUAAUCCGGAGCUAGACCAUGACGUUUGCAUGAAUGAAUUUGCGAAGAAGGGAAUAUAUGUAUUGGCAGACUUGGCUGAGCCCGAGAUGUCUAUUAACAGAGAGUCUCCUACUUGGGAUAUUCAGCUUUUCGAUCGAUACAAGUCAGUUGUAGAUUCAAUGCAUAAGUUCAAUAAUGUUUUGGGUUUCUUUGCUGGAAAUGAAGUCACUGACUCUAAAGAUAAUACCUUCGCGGCACCAUUUGUAAAGGCUGCCGUUAGAGACAUAAAGUCCUACAUUUUUACAAGUGGAUACAGAAAGAUUCCAGUUGGUUAUGCUACCAAUGACGACGCUGUUAUCAGAAUGGAUAUUUCGAACUAUUUGGUUUGUGGCACGCAUGAAGUAGACUUCCUUGGCGUUAACAACUAUGAAUGGUGUGGGUUUUCAAGUUAUGCAACCUCAGGCUACAAAGAGAGAACCAUUGAAUAUACCAACUUUCCAGUUCCAUUAUUCUUCAGCGAAUAUGGAUGCAAUAAUGUUCAACCAAGACCCUUCACUGAAGUAGAGGCAUUAUACGGAAGCUCGAUGACUGGAGUUUGGUCCGGAGGUAUUGCAUACCUGUAUUUUGAAUCGGAAAACCACUAUGGGAUCGUUGCAGAGAAGGCGAAUGGUACACUUACUAGAUUGCCGGACUUUGAAGGUUUGAAGCAAAAGCUUAACAGUGUGCAACCAAUGGCUGCGAAAAGUAAUGCAGUCCCACAGACUGUUGUGACCAUAAACUGUCCGCCGCUAAGCAGCACUUGGAAGGUUUCAUCUAGCUCCUCCAACUCUUCUUUACCGAGUACUCCUGAUUCUGGAAGAUGCAAUUGUAUUCAAUCAACCUUUUCUUGUAUUGUAUCUCCUCGUCACGGAGACAUUCAAGCGGAAUUAGUUGAAGAGAUUUGUUCACAAGUCGACUGCUCCGCAAUUCAAUUUGACACAGCAAAUGGGACUUAUGGACAUCUUUUAGGUUGUAGCUUGCAUCAAAAACUAUCUUAUGUUGUAAAUCAGUACUACCUUUUAAAGGGCAAAGAUCCGGAGAGUUGCAACUUUAAUGGCAGAGCAAUUAUUGUAAAUCCCAGCAAGUUGGAAGAAUUGGAUGAGAUUUACACACCGGAUGGAAGAACUUGUAAGGAAGCAAUUGGCAAGUCCGUUAGCUACAGAGAUGAAGAGGGUCUGAUAUUCUUGACACCAGAUAAAAAGACUUCCUUCCACUCAAACUACCUGCUUCCAGAAAGUGCAAAUAUCCCGUCCAGACUGCAAUUGCUUGGUGACAAAAUUACAUCUCUUGCUAGCAAAAUCCAAUUGGAGAAGUGGCCAAUUUACGGUUCGUUCUUCAUUACUCUGCUAAUUGGCUACUCUUACUUAAUAUAUACAUAG